UUCAACCUGCGCUGCUGACUGCACACAUACCCACAGUACUGACGCGGCCCUCCCGGUCAGAAACCGCUGUGAUUUCAGGCGCAAAAAAGCUCAGAACACCUGUAUUGAGCAGUAUACAAGCGCAGAAUAACCACGCCGUGAUCGUCUAUUAAACGAGAGCGAGCACACGCCGCACACAGCGGUGCAGAUGUAAGGGAAUAUACCUGCAGACUACAGCUGCCACACUGAUGACAGAGCAAGAGGGAAGUCAGUUAGCCAGCUAACCAGCCAGAGCUAAACUCGACUAUCAGGCAGGUAAAUGUACGGCGAUCUGGACGGUUCAGCAACAACGUGAAACUCAAGCAUCUGAACGGAGCCGGCCGUCCGCUACAGAGAGUAUUUCGCAGACUGCACAGCCAUGAGGAGGGUGACAUUGUGCUGUGCCGCCCGGCUCGUAUUAACAGCUUUGUGGUUGUUGGUGGAAGUGUGUCGGGCUGAAACCGGGGCCCCGAAUCUGGCCGAGCGAGUCAUCUGGGCUGUAAACGCCGGCGGGGAGGCACACACAGACGUGCACGGCAUUCAUUAUAAAAAAGAUCCACUGGAAGGAAAAGUGGGAAAAGCAUCAGACUACGGUGUGCGUCUGCCUAUCCUGCGCUCUAGCCCAGAGGAUCAGAUUCUCUACCAGACAGAGCGAUACAAUGAGGAUACAUUCGGUUAUGAAAUCCCCAUAAGAGAAGAAGGAGAGUACAUACUGGUCAUGAAAUAUGCUGAGGUUUACUUUGCUCAGUCUCAACAAAAGGUUUUUGAUGUACGCUUAAAUGGCCACGUUGUAGUAAAGGAUCUGGAUAUUUUUGACCGUGUGGGUCACAGCACGGCUCAUGAUGAAAUAGUACCGUUCUCAAUAAAAAGAGGAAAGCUCAGUGUGCGUGCUGAAGUUUCAACUUUUAAUGGGAAACUCACAGUAGAGUUUGUUAAGGGUUACUAUGACAACCCCAAGAUAUGUGCACUAUAUGUGAUGAAGGGCAAGCCAGAGGAUGUGCCCAAACUGCAGCCACAUCCUGGACUGGAAAAGAGAGAGGAAGAUGAGGAGGAAGAGGACGAUGGGGAAGGGGGAGAAAGCGAAAAGAAAAGCACCUCCACCGCUCCCAAGAAUCCGGUUCGGUCCGGGCCGCGCACUCCCAACCCGUACGCCACUGACAACAGCAGCCUGAUGUUCCCUAUACUAGUGGCAUUUGGGGUUUUCAUCCCAACCCUCUUCUGCCUCUGCCGUCUGUGAGGGGAACAAGUGAACAAGAGGGAACGAGAGGAGAAUCGACAGACAUCAGGCUGUGGAGGGGUGGGGGGAGGGGCGCAACGAGGGACGCACAGCCGUGGGGACAGGCAGAAAUAUAGACUGACGUUACAACAGAUAGAGAGAGAGAGAGAGAGGUGGGCGAGAGACAUGCAAAAACAAGGAGGUUUCAGGUAUUGCUGGUUUUUGAAAAGGGUGACCUGGAAAAUAAGGAUUUUGAGCGUUCAUUUUAUGUGUGUGUUUGUGCUUGUGUUCGUACACGUUUAAUACUAAUUUUAGUUUGAGGAGAUCCUGAGAGGUACUGAUUAAAUGCACUUACACACACAUAUGCAGCAGGACUAACCACUUUUAUAAACCUGGUUUGUCUGGUCUAGCAGGAGAUACUAGGAAGAGCUGGAGACACUCCUAGAUCACGUGUCCCAACUCACGGAAGGUUAUUGGCUAGGAGUGUUUUUUGAUCAGCGGUGGCGUUGAUCUGCUGUUUUUUUUUUUGGCCUCUAGUGGGAGGCAGAAAUGGUACAUGAAUUUUCACAACCCAUUUGAUAAUUUAGGUUAAUGCAUUUAAAUCUCAGUGACAGAUCAUAAAGCAUUUUUGUUUUACUAAAGGAGAAGUUCACUUCCAGAACAAAAAUGUACAGAUAAUGUACUCACCCCCUUGUCAGCCAAGAUGUUCACACGUUUCUUUCUUCAGUGGUAAAGAAAUUGUUUUUUGAGGAAAACAUUUAAGUUUUUUUCUCCGUAUAGUGGACUUUAAUGGUGCCCCAGAAUGAAUAUCAAAAAUGUAGUUUAAAUGCAGUUUCAAAGGGCUCUAAGCCGAGGAAAAAGGGUCUUAUCUAGCAAAACAACUGGUCAUUUUCAAAAAUAAAUUACAGUUUAAAUACUUUUUAACCUCAAAUGCUUUUCAUCUUGUCUAACUCUGCCUGAACUCUGUUUUUUUUCCGGUUCAAGACAGUUAGGGUAUGUUUCAAAACUGUCAUCUCAUUUUCUCCCUCAACUUCAAAAUCGUCCUACAGACCCGGACAAGAUGAGUGUUUGAGGUUAAAACAUAGAAUUUUUUUUCGUUUUGCUAGAUAAGACCCUUCUUUCUCAGCUGGAAUCAUUUAGAGCCCUUUGAAGCUGCAUUUAAACUGCAUUUUGGACCUUCAACCCACUGGCAACCAUUGAAGUCCACUAUAUGGAGAAAAAUCCUGAAAUGUUUUCCUCAAAAAACAUAAUUUCUUUACGACUGAAGAAAGAAACAUGAACAUCUUGGAUGACAAGGGGGUGAGUACAUUAUCUGUAAAUUUUUGUUCUGGAAGUGAACGUCUCCUUUAAGUGAUUUGAGACUUUGGUUUCUAUUUACCUCACGUUUAAUUUCCCCUCCCACUCAUACAAGCUACUAUCAUUCAUUUCCUGCAGCUUCUUUCAUUGAUUUCAAAAGCAUAAAUAUUCAAAUAUGUCUGGUGACCUGCUUUCUCAAGCAACAGCAACACAUUUUUGUAUCUCUAACUGCACAAGAGAGAUAUAAAUUAUUAUUUUUCCCAUUUGCAGGGACUUUUUGGUCUCUGGUGUGUUAAAACAUACGGUUUUGUUUUGAAAGAGCGCAUAAUUGUUUCAAGGUAGCAGCAUGAGUUUAUAACAGAUAGACUCUCCUUUGAGUCCCAAAAACUAGAUUGUAUUGGACUAAAGUGCUUUUUUUGAGGUCAAACACUCUUAAUCACUCUCUUAUUGGUACAUGAUGUGUCUGGGAUAGCAUUUUAUGGGUUAAUGCAAAUAAAGGCGUCUUAAUUAACAUCUCAAGGGCUCGGUGUAGAGAAGGGUAGUCGCUCAGCUCGGUCAGGAUACUCUUUAUGUUUUCUCUUAGUUUAACCAGGCUGUUUUUAACAACCACCAAAGAUCUUGGAUUUGUGUUACACACAAUACCAGCAUGUUUGCGGUGGAAGACUGAAAGCUUGAGAAACGGUUUGACAGAUACAUGCCUGCCAUACACUGUGAAGUAUGGAUGCAGAAGCGUGAAUUUUGUGCUCAAGGUGGCAGAUUUCAGUGCUGUCAUUUUAGCUAGGACUUUUGAGUGAACAUUUGCAUUCCACCUCAUCCAUCUUUUUUUCAGCAUGUUCUGUAACUGGUUUACUUUUGUUGUCCGCUGCAUCUUGUUUCUUUUUUGAAUCGCUACUUUGUUUCUUUCAAGCAAGCCUGCCUUAAAAUGUGAUUUAGUGUGCUAUCAAGAGACCACCUCUCACACUGCUGAAAUACCAGACCACAAUCGAGUAUUCAUGCCACUGAGCUGUCUGACGUGUGAGCGCAGCAUGUCGGUUUGACCCCGUCUCUUGCGUGAACUUAGAAACUUAUCUUGGCCUUGGAUGAGAGGGCAGGUUUUGCCUUGAUUUUGUUUAUUAAAAUAGAAAACAAUCAUAAAGGCACCUUUUUUGUUUAUCUGAGUUGCGGAAGGUUGAUUGCUUAUUGUCGCCAAAGUCGUUUUCUUUUACACGGUGCAUGUGUAUAUAAGGUACUUGGUUUGUUGUGCCAUACGGUUAUUUUUCUCUUUAGGAUAUUGUUCUUUUUUUGUUGGUGUAAUUGCUGUUGCUAUUGGGGUGUCUGGGUUUUUAAAUAUCUUGCCUUGUGGAGGAGUGGCUUUGAAAAUAGCUUUGGUUGGAUGUGGUUUAGAUAAUGACAGUGAUUUGAUUUGCGGCCACAUAGACACACUGACCGAUUGUCAGAAAGAGUUUGGAUCGUAUUGAGUUUAGUUAAUUUACAGUUGGGGUUUUUUAUGUUGUGUAAUUUAAGCAAAAGGAAAUGGGUUGAAUAUUAAAAAUAUUGAAAGAAUUUAUUUUCCAGAAGUAGUUGUUUUUUUUAUUUCCUCAGGAUCUUUUGAAUUAAUUUUUCUUUUUUUAUGAUGAGUCUUUUACUAGUGUGAAUUAUUGCACUGCCUGGUGUUGUUUUAAAAGCAUUUUUUUGUUUGUGUGUGAUUUUUCUGUUAUGCAUUAUGUACUUUUGAUUCCUUGUUGCCUUAAAUUUGAAUACAUCCUCUUUACCAUUUUGUGCUCUCUGAUCUUUUUUUUCACCGUAUUGGUUGAUUUAUUGCAUGAUUGUUGAGUUUUUCAUUGUUUUGUCAUCUGAAAAACAGUUGUGUUUAGUUUGUCCUGCAAAGAUGCACAACUUCUUGGACAAUAGCCAAAGACCACAUGGAGGCCUUUCAUUGUGUCCUCCUUCAUAAAGAGCUUGGGUGUAUUGCUCCAUGCCACAUAAACUGCUGCGUUUACGAGGGAUGUAGUUUCUGUUAAUGUUAGUCGUGUUCAACUACCUGUCCCCCUCAUGAACCUCCUCCCUCAGAACUGUAGAGAACAUGGGAACUGGUGAAAUAGUAUUGGAACGGUUAGCACCCACACUGUCUUUACAGAAGGCUUCUGAAGUGGGAACUGCAAAUUGAUGCUGUUUCUUUUUAAUAAAUGUGCUAUUUUAUCUA